CGGUGCUUCGAAAAAAAAAAAGCAAUGAUACGUUAUUCGGUGCCCAAUUUAACACUUCGCCGCGCUCGUCUUGUACCGAGAGAAUAUCGUGUCAAUUUUUUCGCGCCGAACCAAUUGUAGUGUUUCCUGGCGCGUGCGUGUCCGCGUGCGUGCAGCGCCUAUCAGGGGUUGAUUUGGGCAGCGAACCAUUCCCUGCCAAGCGCCUGUCAGUUAAACCAAAUAGACACUGCUCUACGACUGACACUCGUUCUGACGGUGUCCAUAUAGAUUUAGCGGUCGGUUUUCAUCCACCUCACACCGCACGCCUAACCGUAUAUGAUGAUAGCAAAUAACGAUACGAACAAGAGCUCACAUCCCGAGACAUGAGACCAGGUUAGAUCCGUUUAGUAAUGUCACGUGGUGAACCGUGUUUAUCUAGACCUGUGGCACAAACCCGUGUGAAAUCCUGACUCAGAGGUAUUCCAACACUCCGUCAUCUGGGUUCACUAAUUAGUCCACACUCGACCAGGAGGUCACCAUGCAGCGUAUGAGGAACAGGCAGAGGAAGGUCAUCGUGCAGGCCUACAUUGUGGCUCUGCUUAAUCAUGUUCAGGAUACGAAUACUUUCAACCAACCAUAACCUUAACAUUUGCCUAUCGCUCACGAAUAUGACAUUUAGUCAAAUGUUUGCAUUUUCACACUCACUAAUUAUCUCCUAACCAGGGACGCGGCGACAGUACAUCAAUUCAGAAAUCGAAUGUACAAGGCACAUGCUGGCUUCCUGUGAAUCUGUGUGGAAUGGGAGGUACGGCUCAGCAUCACAGGAGAACACCUCACGGUGGCAUUUGGAGACCGGUAGAGAACCAUCGCUUUUUCACUACAAAUUCUACAGAUUCAUGGAUUUAUCGGCAUAUCAAUUCUUAUAAGGAGAUCCCAUGUGGGUGGCUGAAAAGAUUUGUGAGUCGGUGGGGAAGAGCAUGGUCCUGUUUGGGGAGAAGUCCGCCAAAGGAGCCCAAAGGAUCACGCUGUGCCCCAACGUCAUCACCCCGGACACCAUACCGGACUUCUUCAUCCCGCCUCAGAUCCAGCCCAUCCAGAAGGCCAAGCCCUCGGAUCAGGCCCGAGCCGCCCCAAGCAUCAGGGUGUCCCCCUGCGAGGGGGGGAGCCCCAAGCCCUGGGAGGCCCCCGGCGGCCCCCCCCGCCCGCACAUCAUCCAGGUGGAGAGCGUGGAGGAGGGCCCCGACGACGAGGACGCGGGCAGCGACGGAGAGGAGACCACCAACGCCGACCCCCGCAGCCAGGCGGCCCUGUCGCUGCCGCACGUGGCCCGGGCGCAGACCUGCUACGGCUUCUGCACGCUGCUGGAGAGCCCCCACACCCGGAGGAAAGAGUCCCUGUUCCACGUGGAGCCCGGCUCCCUGCCCCUGCUGCUGCCCCGGAGCCGGUCCAACACCUACACCCAGAGGACGUCCCCCCGGCCCAGCCCCUCCACCUCCCCGUCCUCCUACAGCCUGAACGCCCUCGCCGUCAGGCUGUCCCCGCGGAGCUACACCCUGAGCCGGCAGAGCACGCUGGACAGCGACACCACCUCCUCCAACGAGUCCUCUCCCUUUGGCUCGCCGCUGCUGGGAAGGUGCCCCGGGGCGGCCGGCAAGCCUUCCAUCUUCAAGACACUGAGCCAGGAGCGCCUGCACACCCAGAACCAAAGGAGGGGUCUGCCCUCACGCAACAACUCCCUGUCCACGGACGAAGGCAGCUCCACCGACAACAGCCCCAACGUCAUGAGGAGGCUGUCCGAGGAGACGACGGAGGGCCUGUCCAGCGGCUACAGGCUGGCGCCCCCCGCCUUCUUCCCCUCGGACCUCACCCUUAGCCGGGAGAGGGCGAUGCGGGAGAGCACGGUGCCGCUCGGGAACAACGGCAGCCUUCGAAUCUCGGCCGAGUACUCGGCCGACAACCAGAGACUGCGGCUGAGGCUGAUCAGCGCCGAGGGGCUGUAUGCGGCCAGCGCGGACACCAAGGGCAUUAACUGCAGCGUGAGCCUCUCGCUGGUUCCCGGGAAGCUCCAGAAGCAGCGCAGCACCGUGAUCCGGAAGAGCCGUAACCCCAUCUUCAACGAGGACUUCUUCUUCGACGGCCUCACCGCAGAGGACCUCCGUCUGCGCUCGCUGCGGUUCAAAGUGGUGAACAAGAAGUCGUCCAUGAAGAGGGACUAUAUUUUGGGGGAUUGUGAUCUGCCUCUCUCUAGCUUUGUAACUUUUUAAACUUUUUUAUUUUUACUAUUUAUUACCUACGUUUUAUAUCAUAAUUUUAUAUGAAUUAAAUUAUAUGAAACAUUCGUUUCUUGUACUUUGCGCUUUUUUUAAUGAAACAAUCCCUAACCUGUCAGUUAAAUACAUCUCCCUGGCAUUGUGGUGAAUGCUCUUUAAGAAAUGAGGGGCCAAAGCAGAUGUCAGGCCAAAAAUAACCCUGAGGUCUAAACACGUCUUUAGGUUCCCUGGGUUUCCUCUGUAUCUCUUAACAUCAACAAGGCCGCCAAUUUGUCAGGAUUUGAUUAUUCACCUUCUGCUGUUUCUCUUAAGCCUGUUGCUUCCCUCGUGACCUUUCUUUUAAUGAAAUGUUUCUGGCAACCAGAGACUUUCAAUGCAAGCUUCCACCCAAUGGCAUACAUUGAAUCAGCAAAAACAAAUGAUUCCAGCUUUAUUAGGCUGUAACAAUCCUGGUGGUUCAGUGUGAAUAUUUUCUUUUUUUAACUAUAUUUUAUUUAUUUUUGAAAUUUGUAAUGUUUAAAUAAGUGGAAACUCCCAAUGAACUUCUACCAUAACAGUUGUGGUUUGGUAAAAAUACAUGAAAAUACAAAGUGAUAGAUGUGUGUUUUAUAAACUGCACUAUAGCAGCUCCAGCCCAACGUGGUCUGCAUGAACAAACUGAUAGAGAGGUCAUUUCCCAGGCACGCCCUGAGGCACACUGACUAUACAUCUAAUGAAUGGUAUUAUAUCUAGAAUAUAGAGUUUAGGGUGCAUGAUAUAGGUCAUUGUUUACACAGAGAUUGACCUUGGGCAAUCACAUCCUGCUUUUCUCACUGGUCGAGAAAAGGGACUUAAAAGCAUCCGUUUCCACUACUGCUCCUGGUUAAAGAUUAAUAGAUUUCCAUGGGCUUACAAAAUCUCUGAGAUAAAAGGGCUGAUGACUUUCACUUACAAUGACAUCCAUAACAUUGGCUGACAGCGUAGCGUAAUGCAAAUUGUAUUUUUCUGGGUUUUCUUUUUUUCAAAGGGAGAAUGAUGCUUACUGUGGUGAUGAUGCAAGGCCUAAAGGUUCAUCAGGUAGCCUAUCAACCAUAACUGAUGUCAUGUGCUACAGAGAAUAAACAUGGAAACUAUUAUGAGAAUAAUUGCAGACAGUUGGUUGAUCUGACACACAAAUAAAUACAAACAAAGUACAAAUAAUUACAAUCAUCUAUCAUCAAUAGUUCAUUAUUUAAUGGGAGUCCCCUCCAAUUCCCAGGCAGAGAUUUUGUUGAUACAACCUACUUUUCUUUUGUAAUUAAAACCAGGCUAGCUCUUUGUCCUUUAUGCUAGGAGUGCUUCUGAAGCCUCUGGAUUCAUUUGUAUUUGAGUGUUGACUCAGCUGUGUCAUGCCUUGCAAUAAAAGAGGAACAGCCAGGGAUUCUCCUCUCUGGUCAACCCCUGAUAACA